GUCUGAAUGGAGAAAAAGCAUACGCACAAAUAUUCUCUCUCUUCUGUGUCCUUUAAUGCUUGUUUUUCUCUGCCUAUAAUUACGCUCUUAUUUCCUUUCUUUAGAAUUAUAUUUUCCUUUGCCUUAUUUUAUUUGUUAUUCUUCUUCAAAUUACUUUUAAGAGCAAAAAACAAGAAACUGAUUUCUAAAGAAUAAAGGAAAACGAAGAAGAAAUGGCGGAUCAGCUUACCGAUGAUCAGAUCUCCGAGUUCAAGGAAGCCUUUAGCUUGUUCGAUAAGGAUGGAGACGGUUGCAUUACCACAAAGGAGCUUGGGACAGUAAUGAGAUCUCUGGGACAGAACCCUACAGAGGCAGAGCUACAAGACAUGAUUAAUGAAGUUGAUGCUGAUGGGAAUGGGACUAUUGAUUUCCCAGAAUUUCUAAAUCUCAUGGCUAGGAAGAUGAAAGACACUGACUCUGAGGAGGAGCUAAAAGAGGCAUUCAGAGUCUUUGACAAGGAUCAAAAUGGUUUUAUUUCUGCUGCUGAGCUGCGUCAUGUGAUGACAAAUCUUGGUGAGAAGCUUACUGAUGAAGAAGUUGAUGAGAUGAUAAGGGAGGCAGAUGUUGAUGGUGAUGGCCAGAUAAAUUAUGAGGAAUUUGUCAAAGUGAUGAUGGCCAAAUGAUCAUCCAAUUCCCAUCAAAAUGGAAAUGAGAGGAUUUUAGCAGAUAAAAGAAAAGAAAUCCUGGUUAACUAAACUAAUAUAAUUUAGUUUUCUAUUUCCUUUUUCUUAUGAUUAUUUUUUUUUAUCUAAUAGCUUUGAAUCAAGCUUUUAAUAGUAGGAGUAAUCUAUCAGUGGUGAUGGAUUGUUUGGCAUUCCUUUAAUAUGUCCUUUUUGUCAUGGUCUUUUUAAACUUGAACUGCAUUGGAGGGUUCAUGAAAUCUAUUGGAUGACUUAUUCAAAUUAUUA